AUCGUUUAAGUAAAAUUUAAGUUAUGUUUUCGAGAAUUAGAAUUAGGAAUUAUGUUUAUUAAAUUUUGCGGAUGUUUGGCGCGCCCUGCGGUUUUACAAUUUAUGAUUUUGGUUCAAGGAGAAUUAUUACGCUUUUAGGCCAAGAUAUUACCGAGCCACGUAAUUUAUUCGAACUGAAACCUCUCCAUUGUUUUCGCGGAAACGUGUAGGUGCAGAUGAAAUGCUGCCGCUCAGAUAAGUGGAUUUACGGGGUAGGAUGGGUUUUGUGUUUCGUUUCAGGGUGGAAGGCCACGCGAGUAAUCACGACCAUUACCAUCGCGUGGAUUGCCAAAAGGUCGAAUUACGUUUAUGUUUAAGAAUUAGAGCGAUGGAUAACUAGAAUGAGAUCGCGAAAAUAUCGUUUUGUUUUUAGAAAAUUAAUUACGUUUCUCCUAACCCCGGGGAUCCCGAGAAUGCAACCGCGAAAAUAAAAAUCAAGUUACGCGAACAUUUGAACUUUCGCGCCGAGACCUGCCAGGCCAACUCUGCGUUGCCAUAACGCCCGGAGCGCUACGCUCCCGUCGGUCGCCAUGCGCCAACCUGUCGCGUAGCAACAGUUUCUACGCAGACGUCGCCGGCAACACCACGUGUGGUAUCAGCGUCAAGCGAAUUAAUAGUGCAUUUAGUGUUAAAUAGUUAAUUAGUUGUGCUCGAACCAUCGCCAGGAGAACACCGAAUCCUCAGGACAAUUAUUCAAGGACCAGUGAAGUCGAAUCGACCCGUUGUCCGAAGUAUAGUCGAUUAUUGUCUCCCAGCGCGUACACGUCGCAACCGGAUUCGCCCUGAAUCGGGGAGUAGAUCGGGUCGACAGACAGCUCGGCGAUCCCGUGUUUCCGUCUGUGGGGGUCGUCAGACGGCUCGUCGGUCCCGUCGAUUCACGCCCGGGGACUGGAUAAGUCAAUUAUCCAUUUGUCCUGAUCUCGCCCAGGUGCCGGGCGUCCUCGAGGUUCCGGUCGUCGACGAGGAUCCGGACGUCGUCGUGGAUCCGGACGUCGUCUCCCAGAAUCCCGACAGUCGUCGGUGAUUCCGUCUGACUCAGCUGUUGCUCCAUAGUUGGUAAGUUGAUCCCCUUUUUUUUUAUCAUUACCCUCUAUGCUGUGUGGGGUGUUUAUAAUCUCUUUUCUAGGAAUCUUUCCUUUUCUUCUCCCUUUUUGUUCUUCGUUGACGUGUGGUCACUCAGUCGUUGUCCGUCUGUCACGUCGUUCGUUUGUGGUUUGUUUUAUUGUUAUAUAAUGGUGUUAUCCGCUGGCGAUCCGAUUGUGCGGGUGUUGGAGGACCUCGUAGAGACAGUUCCCUUCGUUGGGUCCCUGAUUCGUGGUGGUUCGCGAUUUUAUGAUUUCCCCGAGUUGUUAUUAGAGCCUCUUCCCUCUUGGGUUCCACGGGAAAUUUUUGAGUACCGUAUAGCUCUUACUCUUCCCGCCAUCCGGUCUGGCCAAUAUUUUGGGUUGGGGUUGAUCCAUCUCCUCAAUAGCCAGCGACAUUCUAGUGAGAUGACGGGCCAUCCUUUCUGGAUUCCGGGUUUUGAGGUUGGGGAUUUUGACGUAGUUCUCCCGGUAUCUUUGGAGUCAUUUCCCUGGGAAACCGUGCAAGAGGUUACUGAACUCUGGCUUACCCUGACGGUGGAGGAUUACUAUCGCGUCCCUCUGUUCUCCCAUUCUGCCCCGUGUCUCCUGUUUAACCUCCUCUACGAUGCUUGCUGGGAUCGUGUGGAGAGUAUCCUCAGGAUGGGGAUUACGCGUGAGGUUCGGCGACAGGAUAAUCUGCGCCUAUGGUUGUCGGGUGAUUUUUGUCUCCCCCGUCUCUUUAUUGAGGGUCCCUGCCCGGUGGCUCCCCGUAUGUAUCAAUACGGGGAUGAUCCUCUGGAAUAUCUACGAUAUUUGUCCGGGGAUCCUACUCUCGGGGUGGAGAUUGUCGACGAGUACGACUGGUUUGCCUUCUUUGAGUAUGUUCGUGGGGAUGCUUUUGAUCGUCUUCGCGGUGUCUAAGGCUGAGGGAAUCCUCUUUUCUCCUGAUGCGGCCAUCGUACCCGGUUUUACUGCGUCCAG